CGCAAUUUCGUAUCGCUCGUUUCCGUUUCCAUUCGAGGAGAGACAGUGCCUGCCGCCACUGUUCUAUGCGCCCCCUUCAUCAUCAUCAUCAUCAUCGUCGUCAUCAUCAUCAUAACCAUCAUCCCCACCAUCAUCAUCAUCAUCAUCAACAACAACAACAACAACAACAACAACAACACCGCCACCACCAUCACCAUCUUCAUAUUCCUCACCCUGAGAAAACCUAGGGUUCCCUCUCCGCCAAAACCCUCCCCUAUUCCAUGUACGAUCACUGAGGAGGGUUUCCGAUUUGGAUGGCAUUGGGAGAUUUAAUGGCCUCUCGCUUUUCCCAAUCCACCGUUCUCGUCGUUCCCAACCACAACCACCACGACGAUUCUACUGCCUCCUCCUCCUCCUCCAUCGUCCCUGCCGCCGCCGAAGACGGCGAUUUCCCCCAUCGCCGUGACUCCGAAACCGCCAUCGCCAGCAGCAGCACAAACUACACCGGUAAUGCCGCCACCAGCAUGGCCUAUCUGCCGCAGACUGUUGUCCUCUGCGAGCUCCGCCACGAGGCCUUCGAGGCCGCUGUUCCCGUCGGACCCUCCGACAGUGGCCUUGUCUCCAAAUGGCGACCUAAGGAUAGGAUGAAGACAGGAUGUGUAGCUCUAGUAUUAUGUUUAAACAUUAGUGUUGAUCCACCAGAUGUAAUAAAGAUAUCCCCUUGUGCCAGAAUGGAGUGCUGGAUAGAUCCUUUUUCUAUGGCACCACAAAAGGCAUUGGAGUCAAUUGGAAAAACUUUGAGCAGCCAAUAUGAAAGAUGGCAACCAAAGGCCCGCUACAAAUGUCAACUUGAUCCGACAGUGGAGGAGGUGAAGAAGCUUUGUACUACAUGUCGUAGAUAUGCAAAGUCGGAGAGAGUUUUAUUCCAUUACAAUGGGCAUGGUGUGCCAAAGCCAACUGCGAAUGGUGAAAUUUGGGUCUUCAAUAAGAGUUAUACGCAGUAUAUCCCUUUACCAAUCAGUGAUCUUGAUUCCUGGCUGAAGACUCCAUCAAUUUAUGUUUUUGAUUGCUCUGCAGCUGGGAUGAUUGUGAAUUCCUUCAUUGAGCUUCACGAAUGGAGUGCUUCCAACUCCUCUGGGUCCCCAAGGGAUUGCAUUCUGCUUGCAGCAUGUGAAGCACAUGAGACUUUGCCUCAGAGUGCUGAAUUUCCAGCCGAUGUGUUCACAUCUUGCCUUACAACACCUAUAAAGAUGGCAUUGCGAUGGUUUUGUACUCGUUCAUUACUUCGUGAGUCACUUGAUUAUUCACUUAUAGACAAGAUCCCUGGCCGCCCAAAUGACCGAAAGACACUUCUGGGUGAAUUGAAUUGGAUCUUUACAGCAGUAACUGAUACAAUUGCCUGGAAUGUUCUUCCUCAUGAUCUUUUUCAGAGACUGUUCAGACAGGAUUUGCUUGUUGCAAGUCUGUUUCGAAAUUUUCUACUUGCUGAACGAAUUAUGCGAUCUGCAAAUUGUUCUCCUGUCUCUCACCCAAUGUUACCACCAACCCAUCAGCAUCAUAUGUGGGAUGCCUGGGAUAUGGCUGCUGAGCUCUGCCUCUCUCAACUUCCGUCAUUAGUUGAGGAUCCUAAUGCUGAAUUUCAGCCUAGUACUUUUUUCACGGAGCAGUUGACAGCAUUUGAAGUAUGGCUUGACCAUGGUUCUGAAAACAAGAAACCACCAGAGCAGUUGCCGAUAGUUCUUCAGGUUUUACUUAGUCAAUGCCAUCGAUUUCGGGCUUUAGUACUCCUUGGAAGGUUCCUUGAUAUGGGGCCAUGGGCUGUAGAUCUGGCAUUAUCUGUUGGAAUAUUUCCUUAUGUUCUAAAGCUGUUGCAAACAACUACACCAGAACUGCGGCAGAUUCUUGUAUUCAUAUGGACAAAGAUUCUUGCACUUGACAAGUCAUGUCAGGUUGAUCUAGUGAAGGAUGGCGGUCAUAUCUAUUUUAUUAAGUUUCUUGAUAGCAUGGAAGCAUAUCCAGAACAACGUGCAAUGGCUGCUUUUGUUUUGGCUGUGAUUGUGGAUGGUCAUAGACGAGGCCAAGAAGCUUGUAUUGAAGCUGGUUUGAUCCAUGUCUGUUUAAAGCACCUUCAGAGUUCAUGUCCUAAUGAUUCACAAACAGAACCCCUUUUCCUUCAGUGGCUUUGCCUGUGUCUGGGAAAAUUGUGGGAAGACUUCUCAGAGGCACAAACAUUUGGUUUGCAGGAAGAUGCAACUACUAUAUUUGCUCCUCUACUGUCUGAACCCCAGCCAGAGGUUAGAGCAUCUGCUGUUUUUGCACUGGGUACCCUUCUUGAUGUGGGAUUUGAUUCAUGUAGAAGUGUUGGAGGAGAUGAAGAAUGUGAUGAUGAUGAUAAGUUUAGGGCUGAAGUUAGUAUAGUUAAGAGUCUGUUAUGUGUUGCUACAGAUGGGAGUCCAUUGGUGAGGGCAGAGGUAGCAGUGGGUAGAUAUCAUCCCUGCAAAUGCCUAAUCAUCUGCAAACAAGUUCCUAAUGCCCUAGCACGAUUUGCUUUUGGCCACAACAAGCACCUGAAAUCUAUUGCUGCUGCAUAUUGGAAGCCCCAGACUAAUUCUUUGAUAAAUUCCUUACCUUCAUUGGCUAAUAUAAAAGGUUCAGUUGUUGGAUAUCCUAACCAGAACCAACAUAUACCUCAUGGAAGUAUUGUUUCACCUCAAAUUGGUCCUAUUAGGGUUGGUAAUGACAAAUCUUCAGUGGUUCGAGAUGGACGGGUCUCUUCUAGCAGUCCUCUCACUACUUCAGGGAUCAUGCAUGGGUCCCCAUUGUCUGAUGAUUCUUCUCAUCAUUCUGAUUCGGGAAUACUGAAUGAUGGUUUCAGCAAUGGAGUAGUUAAUCACACUGGGCCAAAGCCCUUGGAUAAUGCUUUGUAUUCACAGUGUGUACUUGCUAUGUGUACUUUAGCAAAAGAUCCAUCUCCGCGCAUUGCAAAUCUUGGUCGCCGGGUGCUGUCCAUAAUAGGUAUUGAACAAGUGGUUGCAAAACCAUUGAAAUCUAGUGUUGUUCGGACUGCUGAAGCUACAGCUUCACCUAGUCUUGCCGGACUGGCUCGGUCCUCUUCUUGGUUUGAUAUGAAUGGAGGACACUUGCCUUUGACCUUCAGAACUCCUCCAGUCAGUCCACCUCGCCCAAGUUAUAUAACUGGAAUGCGUAGAGUAUGCUCAUUGGAGUUUAGACCCCACCUGAUGAAUUCUCCUGAUUCUGGAUUAGCUGAUCCACUUUUAGGUUCCAGUGGAACCUCUGGGGCUUCAGAUCGCAGUUUUCUUCCACAAUCAACUAUAUAUAAUUGGAGUUGUGGUCACUUCUCCAAACCACUUUUAACUGCUGCAGAUGAUAGUGAAGAGGUAUUAGCUAGAAGAGAAGAGAGGGAAAAAUUUGCAUUGGAGCACAUAGCAAAAUGCCAGCAUUCUGCUGUUAGCAGGCUGACAAAUCCAAUUGCUAAAUGGGACAUAAAGGGUACACAAACAGCAUUGCUGCAACCUUUCUCUCCUAUAGUUAUAGCUGCUGAUGAGAAUGAACGAAUCAGGAUAUGGAACCACGAGGAGGCAACACUGCUAAACAGUUUUGAUAAUCAUGAUUUUCCUGACAAAGGAAUUUCUAAGCUCUGCCUUAUAAAUGAGCUUGAUGAUAGCUUGCUUCUUGCUGCUUCAUCUGAUGGAAACAUCAGGAUUUGGAAAGAUUAUACUCUGAAGGGUAAACAAAAACUUGUCACUGCAUUUUCUUCAAUUCAUGGCCAUAAACCUGGUAUGAGGAGUCUGAAUGCAGUUGUUGAUUGGCAACAGCAAUGUGGUUAUCUGUAUGCAUCGGGUGAGAUGUCAUCUAUUAUGCUAUGGGAUCUUGAUAAAGAGCAGCUUGUUAAUUCUAUACCUUCAUCAUCAGAUUGCAGUGUCUCAGCUUUGGCUGCAUCUCAAGUUCAUGGGGGACAAUUUGCAGCUGGUUUUGUAGAUGGUUCUGUCAGACUUUAUGAUGUUAGAACACCUGAAAUGCUUGUCUGUGGAUUAAGGCCUCACACUCAGAGAGUAGAAAAAGUUGUGGGGAUUGGCUUUCAACCUGGAUUAGACCAAGGAAAGAUUAUCAGUGCUUCUCAGGCUGGGGAUAUCCAGUUUCUUGACAUAAGAAAUCAUAGCGGCACCUAUCUCACUAUUGAAGCCCACAGGGGCUCCCUCACAGCUUUAGCUGUACAUAGACACGCUCCAAUUAUUGCCAGUGGUUCAGCCAAACAACUCAUUAAAGUUUUCAGCCUGGGAGGUAAUCAACUAGGCACCAUUCGAUACUAUCCUACCCUAAUGGCCCAGAAAAUUGGUUCCGUAAGCUGCCUCAGUUUCCAUCCAUACCAAGUAUUACUUGCUGCGGGUGCUGCGGAUGCAUGCGUAUGUAUCUAUGCUGAUGACAACACUCAAGCAAGAUGAAUCCUCAUUUUUUCCCAUGGUGAUUUCAUCGGUUGUCUCCAGCUCAGAAGAGUGCAUCAAACAUCUCUCAGGAAUGCCACUCAUAUUUCUUGCAGCUGGAUAAUCCUGUGAAGAUGCUUUUAUCCCUCUCCGCUGUGAAUACAUCUGAAAAUAUUGGUAGGGGUACAUUCUGCUGAUAGUGUAUGCAAGAUAUUCAUUAGCCUCCAUGGUAGAGGGUUGCACUCGACAGGAAGAAAAUCGUGCUUAUUGAUUGGAGGCUUCGGCAAAUAAUGUCAUCUUCGUAAAUGUGUGUAAAUAUCAAUUUCUCCAUAAUUAUAUUUCAUUCCUGUUUUGCGUGCUAUUUUCCACCCUUGAUUUGUAAAUUUUUUAGUCAGAAUACAAAAGCUAGUUUGCUGACAAAUGUGAGUGAUUGACUCCUGAUAAAUGGGGCAUGUCACUCAUGGUUGUAGUUUCCGUGGAAUUGGGGACCCUUGUUUUUAACCAACAUGUAAUUAAAUUCAAGUUUGUCCAAGUGUGAAAUUUCUGUCAAGCUAGUGGUGCACAUUCUAUUGAGCUUGCGACACGGUGCUGUGAUAGUGAUUUCAUUCGUUGCACAAGGAAUAUUUGUCUCGUACGAUGUCC